AUGUCCUUCAGUAGUGAUAUCAUCGGAUUGGGAACAACUGCGUUGGUUCUUUUGGUCCCUCCCAUGUUGUGGCACGCCAAAAUGAAGAACACUCCAGCAAUUAUAUUGAUAUUUUGGUUAAUGAUAAUGGACCUCAAACUCAUUGUGGAUGCAGCUGUGUGGAGUAGUGAAAAUUUUAUGGAUCGAUGGAAUGGAAAAGUUUGGUGUGAUAUCAUGAUUAAACUUCAACUUGGUGCAAAUGUGGGAAUUUCUUGCGCUAUCGCAAACAUUGCUUACAAUUUGCAUGGCAUUUUAAAAGCAGACUCUGUCUUACCCGAACCUAACUCUCGGCGGAAGUUACUUGUUGAUCUCAGUUUCAGUCUGCUCACUCCAGUGAUGACAAUGGGAUUAUCUUACAUCGCUCAAGUUUUUCGUUAUGGAAUUGCCAGGUACAACGGUUGCCAAAAUUUACUUUCUCCAACGUGGAUAACCGUCGUUCUUUACACCCUUUGGAUGUUUAUUUGGUCGCUUAUUGCUUUUGUGUAUGCGAUCUUACUUCUUUAUGUGUUCUACAAGAAAAGAACAGAUGUCAAAGAUAUUCUAUAUUGUACCAACUCAGGGCUGAACUUGGCGAGGUUUGCACGUCUUCUGUUUUUCUGCUUUCUGAUUGUGUUGGUUAUGUUUCCAUUCUCCAUGUAUUCCUUCGUCAGCGAAUUAAAGGAUGUUAGCGGAUAUUUUGAUUUCAAUGCGGCUCAUGAUAAAUCGACAUGGACGCUUAUAAUUUAUCUUGAUUUAGAUAAGCCGUUUUUUGAUGUUUGGCUCUAUAUUUUGAUGUCAUAUUUGGUCUUCAUAAUAUUUGGCUUGGGUUCCGAUGCCCUUGGAAUGUAUGGUAACAUGAUAAGAGCUGUGGGACUUGGGUUUGUUUUGGAUAAUGUUAAAGAAGCAAUAAACUCCAGAAAGCAAAGUCGCGCCAACAAAUUGGUUUCCAGUUUUUAUUCCGAAAAUGGGUCGUACAGAAGCGAUGGUACUGUUUACAAUGGGAUGGAUUAUAGCCCAACCAAGUUCAUUAAAAGGACGAUGACUGGUGAAAACAAGUCAGAUUCUUCCCAUACAAAUCCAUACUCUCCUAGUGGAUUCAUCAUCGAUUAUACUCUUCCUAACGACAAGCGGAGACAGGGCAGGCAGAGGAGAUGUGGCUCUGACUUUGAGGAUCUUGAGAAUUUGUCGUAUCUGGAUCUUCCGUAUAAUCCGGUUCAGUUUCAAGACGAGACCUCAAUUGAGGAAUUUCCAGACAAUAGCAUACCGUUAUGUCAAAUUUCCUAUCAAUCUCGUAGUCCUAAAUCUGUAGGAAGCUUUGGGACUAAGAAAGAUGCCGUGAUCGACGAAACUUCCCUUUCUUUUUCUUCAGAAUGCACAGAAAAUGGAAUAAAUAGGCUUUGA